AUGGCUAUUCUUACGUAUAUUAUUAUUCUCGCGGCCACUCUUAGUGUGGUGAACGCCGUACCAGGAUUAUGGUUCGAUCGUUUCUUUAUGGUUGUUUUUGAAAAUACAAACUACACGGAUGCAAUAGCGAACCCUUAUUUCAAGAGCCUAGUAGAAAAAAACAACAGCGUUUUGAUGUCAAAUUAUGACGGCGUCUCACAUCCCUCUCAGCCAAAUUACAUAGCAACCAUUUAUGGUGACAUUGCUGGCAUUGCAGACGAUGAAUUUUAUGAUAUUGAUGGAAUCAACUUGGUGGAUCUGUUGGAGGCCAAGGGAGUCAGCUGGAAGGCUGGAAACUGCUUUACCGGCAUGAAAACUGAAGAUGCCGCCUAUGUUCGCGAACAUAAUCCCUUUAUUUCGAUGAAGAACAUAAACACCAACGCCACGCGCUGUGCAAACAUUGUAAAUGCCGAUCAAUUCGAGGCUGACCUUGCGUCAAACAGUCUUCCGCAAUUCUCGUAUUAUGUACCCGACAGAUUUAAUGAUGCUCACAAUACCAACCUUACGUAUGCGAUGAGUUGGUUCCAACCGUGGUUCGACGAAAAGCUUCAAAAUGUAAACUUCACCAACACAUUGUCUCUUAUUGUUUUUGAUGAAUCAGAUCAUGAUGAGGGUGACACGGGUCCAAAUCAUAUCUAUGCUAGUCUCAUUGGGAGUUCCGUGACAUCGGGCGCUCAUGAAGAUACUACGCCCUAUACUCAUUAUUCGUUAGUAAAGACAAUUGAAGAAAAUUGGGGUUUGGGAACUUUGGGCAGAAACGAUGUUGAUGCGAUACAGGCGACUACUCAGCAAGAUUAG